GGGGGAAUGGUCUGUGUCAACGGGGCCGUCCAUCGCAUUCUCCAUCGCAAAAUCUGGUGAAAAUCGGUACGGUUUUUGGCCAUUUUGAGGUCAAAUGGCUCCCGGAACGCCCAACGCGGUCUCUGAUGAUGAGCCGUCCGAUACGGUGGUCAAGCGCGACCAGGACCAGGAAGGAUCCGACGACGCAGAUGACUUGAUCACAUACGAUCCCGUGCCGUCUGAGGAUGACGCCAGCAAAUCGUCCUUUGUGGAUGACCCGAUCAAGCAUGAACCGGACGGAGAUUCCGGCAAUACGCUGGAUACGGAUGACCUGAUCGCAUACGAACCUGAAUUGACUGAAGAGGAAGCCAACGCCAUUGCCAUUGUUGUGCCGAAGGAAGAGGUCGCAGAGGUCGAAGAACCACAACCACAGCCGAUAGAAAACCCCCGGCCUCAGUUCAGCCAUAACAGACUGCCUCUCCUGAACGGGAGACCCUUGAAGCUGCCAGCGUGCGGCUAUCUGGGACCGAAAAUUGGCUACUUUGGACCGCCAUCGCAAAUCUUCAGGCUAAUGAUUGCCAGGGUGCAGCAAAUGCUAGGCCCCGAAGCCACACCCAGCCGCAUGGCCAGUGUGCUACCGCAUCUCCGGCGCCAGCUGCUGUUGAAGGUGAUACAACAGCAAGCGCCGGGUGCCGCUGCCAAACGUUUUCGAUGUCGAUUCUGCCCAACCGUAGGGUAUGCUACAGUAACCGAACUCCUGAAGCACCAUGCUAUCGUGCAUGAUCCGGCCCAUCAUGUUGGUGGCACGGCGCAAAGGGAGUCAACCGAAGCGCCGGUCCAAAACAAACCGAGCAACCACGACCCACUGAACCGCUACAUCUGUGUCGUUUGUCGUGUGAAACACUUUGCAACGAUCGAGGAAACUCAGCAACACAUGCGUGACGACCAUGGUUACGGUGGUGGUGACGACGAUGGCGAAGACGAAGACGACGAGGACGAUGACGUCGAAGACAUCGAACCGAACCAGCUAUCGGAUGAGUCCGGUGUUUCUGAAGCCGAUUUCGAAGCUGCAGAUGAGUCGCUAUCGGAGUACGAAGAAGGCGUCGAAGAGGCGAGUGUAUCGGCCUCGAGUGAUGAGGGUUGGAAUUCGGCUUCCACUUCCUCCUCCGGGAUGCACUCGGGCAUGGAUUCGGAUACAUCGUACGUCUCCUCACCUCCAUCGCCGUCUCGUUCCGAUAGCUGCCCUUCAUCGUCAGACGAGGACAAACACCGCAAGGUGGUCCAGAAGCUACCGAUCGCCCGUAGAGCCUUACCUAGCAACACCGGACCAGCGCCAGCGGUUGCGUCCAGCAACGGUCAGUGCACCAUUGAUGAAGCGUUAAUAGUGUAUCUGCGAACGUUGACGUUGAAAUCGCUGGAUGCUAAGAUUGCCUCGGAGCACCGGUACCGGUGCUCCUGUAAAGGCUGUCCCUUCCGGUUCAUCACGGGCUCUGUGCGUGAUCAGCACGUUCGUUGUCAUGUGAACGACGGUUCGAUCGGUAGCCGCUGUGCGGUGGAGAAUGCCUCGAAGCGCCGUCGCUUCAACUUCCGAUGCUUCCGCUGCAACCGAAAGUUCGACACGUGGAAACCCUGCGCAGGGCACAUGUGGCAGGAGCAUCAGAUCGAUAUUGGGAUGCUACCGUGUGUGGUGUGCAAGAAGCGCUUCAUCUACGUUUCGCACCUCUUUCUGCAUCUGCAAACACACCGACCGAAGCAUAUGCGUGAGAUUGAGUGCCGUAUUUGCGGGCAACUGUUCGCCAACCAGGUGCAACGGGCCGUACACGAAGCUCUUCAUAGAAAGGCGGCACAACUGGCGGCGGCCAAGCAGCAACAGCCGCAAGAGAAAGAGCAACAGCAGGCACAAGCCGAUAAGAAACGGCUUCAAAAGCAACCGGCAGAGCAAGCUGCAGCAGAAACGGAAACAAAAUGUGAUGCCAACAACUGUGACGAUGACUCAGACAGUAGCAUCGAGAACCAACAGCCACAAGCGAGUGGUUCACGGGAUGGACCGGUUCGUUGGUAUUCCGAGCAGCGUUGCCCGACCUGCAAGCAUUUGUUCUCCAACUCGAAAAUCCUGUCGAAGCACAUUAAAACGGUACACCACAAGAUUAAACCGUUCAUUUGCAACGUCUGUGGCUACAAGGCGGCCCGGAAGUACACACUGACCAUCCACAUGCGGCAGCAUUCGGGCGAGAAACCUCUGUCCUGUCAGCUCUGCUCGUUUCGAACGGCCGAUCCGAGCGCGCUCUACCAUCACGGUCUCCGGCAUACGGAUGAGAAGUCGUACAAAUGCCAAAUCUGUGGCUUUGUCGCAAUCCAAGCCUUUGCACUCAAGACACACAUCCAGACGCAGCAUCCGCUCGAUUACGAGCGCAUCAAGUGCAAGCUGUGUAGCUUCGCUUCGGUUAAUUCGGAAAUUUUGAAACGUCACCGAGCGGACCAUGCGGCCGGGUUACUGAAAACGCCCGAUGAGGAGGAGGAAAAUGGUGACGAUUCACGCGAUGGUGCGGACGGCGGACCGAACGGAGAAGCGACCGCAGUGAAGAAAAGCGAUCCGAAAAAUGCACCCGAGUGUUCGUCCGACUGUUUUCUACCGCCCGAAAGUGUCGAUUCCGUGGUGCACGAUUCCGGUGGUAUCACGAUACCGGCACCGGUCAACGGGGUACCGCCGGAGCACACGGAGGAUACCCAGUUUCCGAAUUAAGCAUCGUUUUUUUUUUUAGAUUAACAGUAAGUUUGCUUUCAUGGUAAGAAUGAACGAAACGCGAUUAGGAAUGGCCAGUAAAGGGAACCAGAAAAACACACUCGAAAAGAUAGGCGCAGCAUGAACAAUUUGCCGUAGUACUGCGAUACGGAAGAGUAGGCCAUCGAAGUAUGCUUGAAUUUAAAGGAAAAAAGUAAGGCAGUAAGCAACCUUCGUACGCAAGCUUACUGAAAUAGACAAAAUAGUGUGAACGAAAGAGAAUUCGAAGUGAUUCGAUAAAAAAUUAGCACAGUAACGAACAUAAAGUGAUUGUUUCUAGGGAGCAUAUCUUCCUAGUAAUAGGCUAGGUAAAAGGAAAUAAGCGCGUGAUGUCGUUAUCGACAAAGAAAGAGCGUAUUUCACGAUUAAUGACGUAUGGCAUAGUUUAUACGCAGGAUACGCGGUCCUUUCCAUAGACAUCGAUGGGAGUGAUUUAUGAACAAAAUGCAGUAGGAGCAAUGAAAGCAAUUCCAUACCCGUGCAGGCGUUUUAUGAAGGAAUUGAGCAGCAAAGUCUAUAAUUCUUGACUAAUGAAAUGAUUGUAUGGGAAUGGAAAAGACCGGAGCGUGUACACGUCCCGGUUGGUUACGAAUAUAUACUAUUCUAUUUAGA